AUGAGGGACAAGCCGUUGACUCGGUCGUGUGAGGUGGUGCCUAUUUUGAAGAGAGAUUAUGGGCUAGAUGUGAGUUACCACGUGGUAUGGUUGGGGGUGGAGAAAGUAAAGGUUAUUAUUCAUGGAGAUCACUCAUUAUCGUUUGACCAGCUGCGGUGGUAUUCAGAUGCUGUGAUGCGUUACAAUCCGGGGAGUUAUGUCAAUAUUGACUAUGACGUGAGUAAUCAACGAUUUUAUCGUUUCUUAGUAUCAUUCACUGUGUGUAUUUUUGGGUACAAUUCUUGUCGUCCUUUGUUAUUCCUGGAUGGACCAUUCCUCAAAGGAAAGUACAAAGGUUUAUUCCCUGUUACAUUUGCGAUUGUUGAUUCAGAGACCACGACCAAUUGGUCGUGGUUCUUGCAUGAACUUGGGAAUGUUGUUGAUGGUAAGCGUCAGAUUACUUUUAGUUCAGACCGUAAUCAUGGUUUGUUAGAAGCGAUGCCGAAGGUGUUCCCAUCGGCUUACCACAGUUAUUGUUUACAACACUUAAAGAACAAUUUAAGAGAUCGGAUGAAAGGAAUUGAUAAUGGAUUUAGGGACCACUUGGUUAGGAGUUUGGGUAACUAUGCUUACGAGCCAACUGUGGUAGGGUUUCAUGAAAUGCUUGAGAAAUUAAAAGAGGAGGAAUGGGGCAUGCGUUAUGGAGACAUGACAUCCAAUGUGGCAGAGUCAUUUAAUAAUUGGAUUAAAAAAGCACGCAAUCUUCCUAUCACUUGGAUGGUGGACGCAAUUUAUACUCAGUUGAUGCGGCAAAUGUCUGCGCGGCGUGGCCAAGCAAACAAGUGGAAUGAGCUUAUUUGUCCUACAUUCGAAACAAUGUUUCUUGAUUUGUUCAAUGAUAGCAGGUCUUGGCAGGUUAGCAAAACCAACGAGGAUGUGUUUGAGGUUCAUUCGAUACUAUCUGUUACAGUUGAUAUUGCAAGGUGUACGUGUUCUUGCUUCAAAUGGAAAAUCAAUGGAUUCCCAUGUGAUCAUGUUGUUAUUGCUAUUCAGAAGAGCCACUACAAUCUCAAUGAUUGUGUGGAAUAUUACUUUCAUGUAGAGACGUAUCAUGCAGCCUAUUCGGGUGCCAUAUUCCCUAUACCGUCGGUGGAAAAGCUGCCUUUUGAUCCUACAGACUUCACAAUAUACCCACCAAUUGUGAAAAAAUCACCUGACAGGCCGAAAAAGAAUAAAAUCCCAUCAAGGGGUGAGAAACUAAAGCAAAUAAGGUGCGAGAGAUGUGAUAAGUUGGGAAGCCACAAUCGGUAA